AUGGCAGUAAUCCCGGAGCCGGAGCCGGAACACGAGCGGUUCCUGACGUGGGCAAGAGAUCAGCUUGGAGUCACCAUCGACGGUGUGACGCCCGCCCGAUUGCCCGGGAGAGGUCUGGGCGUCCUCGCGACCAAGCCACUGAAACAGGGGGACUUGCUGGUCGCCGUCCCGGCCAAAGCGCUGUUGACGACCGAGUCAAAGCACGUCCAAGAUGUUGAGCUGCCCAAGGAAACAACCGUCCAUGCCCGUCUGGCGGCUUAUCUGACCCUGAUGGAUGGCAAGGCCGAUGCUCCGCAUCGAAUCUGGCAGCCGGUGUGGCCAAAGAAGGAAGAAUUCGAGUCAAUCAUGCCGAUGAACUGGGAGGAACGUGAAAAGGAGCUGCUCCCGGCCCAUGCGAAGAGUCUCUUGGAGAAGCAGCAGGACAAGUUCGAGAAGGACUGGCGCGCCCUCCAGCCGUACCUACCAAGCAGGGACUGCCGCGAUCUGUUCACCUACUAUUGGUUGAUUGUGAAUACGAGAACCUUCUACUGGGACUAUCCGACAACCACUCGCACGGGCAAGCAGCAGGUCAAAAGACGUAAGCUCGCCCCGGAUGACUGCAUGGCGCUGUGUCCGUUCAUGGAAUAUUUCAACCACGCCGACGAAGGAUGCACGGUGGACCAUGAUAUGAGGGGAUUCACCAUUACCUGCAAUCGCGAAUAUAAUCCCGGCGACGAAGUCUUCCUUUCGUACGGUCGGCAUAGCAACGACUUUCUCCUGGUUGAGUAUGGAUUCAUUUUGGAGUCCAACAAAUGGGACGAGACCAAGCUUGACGACGUGAUUCUCCCCAAGCUUUACCAGGAGAAGAAAGAUGCGCUGGAUGCGCUUGGAUUCCUAGGGGACUUCACCGUGGACUCGUUCCAAAUUUGUCAUCGCACACAAGUUGCUUUGCGAGCACUGGUGCUGCCUGGAAACACGUGGCGCCGCUUCGCAGACGGCUUUGACGAUGGCGAGCGUGAACGGGAGAGCGUCAACGAGCGCCUCGUCCAGAUUCUGAAGCAAUACGAGCGCGAAAUCGACAGCAUGGAUGAGGAAAUUCAAACCCUUCCCCCUUCCGAUAGGAGAAGUACACUAGAAAAGCGCUGGGACCAAAUACAUAGCAUCAUUUCGGGGCAGUUGGAGCGUUGA